AUGUCAGCUGCGGGUUACGAUAGACACAUCACAAUCUUUUCGCCAGAAGGUAGAUUGUAUCAAGUUGAAUAUGCUUUUAAGGCCACUAAUCAGACAAAUAUUAAUUCCAUGGCUAUAAAAGGUGUUAACUGUUCUGUAAUUAUUAACCAAAAGAAAGUCACAGACAAAUUAAUGGAGUCAGAUAGUGUAUCUUACCUUUUCAAAAUUUCCCCAACAAUAGGCAUGGUUUCUAAUGGUCCAAUUCCUGAUUCCAGAAAUGCCGCACUAAGAGCCAAAUCUGAAGCAGCUGAAUUCCGUUAUAAAUAUGGAUAUGCUAUGCCUUGCGAUGUUUUAUGUAAAAGAAUGGCCAAUUUAUCACAAAUCUAUACCCAAAGAGCCUAUAUGAGACCAUUGGGUGUGAUCUUAACUUUUAUCUCUUUUGAUGAAGAAAAGGGACCUAGUAUAUAUAGAUGUGAUCCAGCUGGCUUUUAUGCAGGCUAUAAGUCAGUUGCCACAGGUCCUAAGCAACAAGAAUUAAGUACCGCUUUAGAAAAAUACUUCAACAAGAAGAACCUCAAGAAUAAGGUUAGUGGUGCCGAAGAAAAAGAAGAGGUAAAAUACGGGAACGAAGAAGUAGAAGUGGAAGUAGAUCUACCAGUGGGAGAAAGUUAUACUAAUAAAUCUAGUUUGGACUACAUUUGUGGAGCUAAAGACAAUUGGGAAAAAAUUGUAGAAUUUGGUAUAACACAAAUGAUUGACAUUUUGGGAACAGAAUUUACAUUUAAAGAUCUAGAGGUUGGUGUAGCUACAAAGGAAGAUGGGUUUUUUACCUUAACACCUGAACAAAUCGAAGAAAGGUUAGUCACUAUCGCAGAACAAGAUUAA